AUGGCUUAUCAAAAUGUAGAUCAGAACUUUGGCCAGUUGCGCACCAGCCAGAAGAUUCCUCCAGCAACUUCACCGAAACCUUAUGGUCAGUCACCUCAACUAUUUCGCCAUGGUGUGCAGGCCUACCAUCCUGUCAAUGUUGAGCAUUACGCUAAAGAAUCUGGAUCAUUCCCUCCACCACCUCCAGAUGUGGGACAUAGAGGCUAUAACUUUGAUCGUGACGACGAUUUUCCUCCACCUCCUCCACCUGCUCCACCGCAGGCCUAUGGUGAGAGCGACAGCCACACCUAUGGUAAUGUCUACAGCGGUGAGGCUCGAUACAUGAGAGCUGAAGACUACAGACCUCAGGAGUAUGGUUCCCCGCUACCACAAGCCAAGCCAGGGCUGAAUGACAGUGGACCAGGUUCUUAUUCAUCUGGUUAUCCAAAAGAAUCCAGCUAUGCCAACAUCCAGAUCAACAUUGCUCCCCCAACUCCAACAAAUAAAGAGUUUGGAUACGGGGAUGUUCGCUAUGAUCAAGCACCUAGAAGCCCAAACUCCUCUGAAUUGUACCGUGUGAACCGGGGUCAGGUGGUGAGACAAGCUGUGGGAGAAAGGCCCCAGCCAGGACCCAUGGUGCCGCCAGGUAGCAAGAUUGUGCAUAGCAGUGUGGUCCCAGCCGGGACACCCCCAAGUAAAUUAGAGAAGGAGGCAGAAGUGGAUGCCUUGACUGACCUGCUUGUGAAAAACAUGACGUCUGCUGCCGAGGACAAGGACUAUUUGGGGAUGUGUGGUCGCUGCGGCAAUGCUGUAUCUGGCAGUAUCAAUGCGUGCACAGCCCUAGAGAACGUCUACCACAUUGGCUGUUUCACCUGUGUUGGCUGCAAUGCUCCACUUCAGGGUAAAUCAUUCUUCGCCAUGGAAACAAAACCCUUCUGUGAAGUUUGCUACAUCAACACCCUUGAACGAUGCUCUGUGUGUUCCAAGCCAAUCACAGACAGGCUGUUGCGAGCUACGGGGAAGCCCUACCACCCCGACUGCUUCACGUGUGUGGUCUGUGGCAAGUCUCUGGAUGGGAUCCCUUUUACUGUGGAUGCCACUAAUCAGAUUCACUGCAUCGAGGACUUCCACAAAAAAUUUGCUCCACGCUGCUGUGUUUGCCAGUACCCUAUCAUGCCCGAGCCUGGCCAGGAUGAGACGGUGCGAAUCGUGGCUAUGGACAGGUCAUUCCAUGUUGGCUGUUAUCUUUGUGAGGACUGUAAGUGUCAGCUGAGCUCCGAGGCUGAAGGCCAGGGCUGCUAUCCUCUGGAUGACCACAUCUUGUGCAAGAACUGCAACGCUAAACGGAUCCAGGCACUGACCACCAAGAUGUCAACUGAUCUGUAA